UUUGCGCUCGGUUCGAAUCCACACGAUACGCGACGGUGCAUACCGAACUAGUCGACCCUGCCUUGUGUAGUAACGAUUUAAGAAGGCCGACUGUGCUCACUGUGUCAUUGUGUCAAGAGCUUUAUCAUUUGAGUGUAGUGAGUGUCUUAACUAAAAUAAAAUGUCUCCAAUAGACGGAGCUCAAAACGAAAUUAAAGCAUCCGCUUUAGAGUUAAUUGGGAAUACACCAAUUGUUGCCUUGGACCGACUUUACACUGGACCUGGUCGAAUUUUAGCUAAAUGUGAAUUUAUGAAUCCUGGAGCUUCUAUCAAAUGCCGAUCAUCUCUGCAUAUGAUAAAAAGAGCUCGUCAGUCUGGUGAGCUUAAACCAGGGCAUCCUGUCGUUGAAGUGACAUCGGGAAAUCAAGGAUGCGGUCUUGCUGUCGUCUGCGCAGUGCUAGGUCAUCCACUUACGUUGACCAUGUCAAAGGGGAAUAGCGCCCAACGUGCUUUACAUAUGGAAGCACUGGGUGCUAAGUGCGUCAAAGUACCACAAGUAGAAGGAACAUAUGGAAAUGUCACACUCGCUGACGUCCAGGCAGUGGAAAAGGUAGGUCUGAAAAUAGUGGAAGAAACAGGAGCGUAUUAUGUAAAUCAAUUUAAUAACGAGGCAAAUGCGCAAGCCCACUACGACACUACUGGACCCGAAAUAUGGAGACAGACUGGACACCAUGUGGAUGUUUUUAUAGCGACAGUAGGUACAGCUGGAACGUUUACCGGCACUUCGAGAUAUUUAAAAGAGAAAAAUCCGAAGCUCUUAUCAUAUGUUGUGGAGCCUGCAGGUUCUGAACCCAUAAAAGGCGAGCCUAUAACGAAACCCUUACAUUUACUUCAAGGAUCAGGAUAUGGGUGCGUGCCAAAUUUGUUUAAAUUUGAUUACAUGGAUGGUACCGUCAGUAUCACUGAUGAAGAGGCAGUGAAAUAUAUGAAACUUAUUGGUGAAAAGGAAGGUUUAUAUGUGGGUUACACGAGUGGUGCCAAUGUCGCUGCUGCUGUAAAACUUUUGGAAUCAGGAAAGGUCCCUAAAGACUCUUGGAUAGUAACAUUACUUAAUGACACUGGUUUGAAAUAUACCCCUGUACCAAAUGAGUUAACGUAAACAAGUGACCAUAAAAACAAAGUACUGUUUAGAAGAAGCGAUAAAGUUAUUUAUAUUUUAAAACGUUUGUAUGGUAUAAGGUCAACACUUAUCUUGUAGUCAAUAUAAUAAUGGAUUCAAUAGUAGCGAUUGUUUAUACAUAAUUCAUGUAACGCUACUAUAAUAAUACCUUAUUUACCUUAAUCUUUCAAGUAUGUACCUAAUUAAUAAAUGCAAUAUGAAAGUAUUUUCUUUUAUUUAACAUGACUAUAAGAAAAAUAAUUUUUGUUACGUUAUAUAACAAUAUUUUAGCUAUAUUUUUAUACAAUGUAAUAGUUAUUGGUAUAAUAAAUGAAGAAUUGUAACUACUUA